AUGGCUGUGCUUAAGAAGCUGGGUUUGAAGAAUAUCUCUACUAGACACGACAUAAAAUCGAGAAAGUCAUCUCUCAACGGACGUUUAUAUAUAAGGUUUAUGAUACCAUAUCUUCGAUUUUCUUGUAGACCAGAAAAAGAAAAGGAUGUAAAGUACAGACUACAGAGUGUAUCUGUCAAGAUGAAGCCAAAAGCCUCUACUUUCGUGCACAAAUCACGGCACAGGUGCAAAGCUCCAGGUCGUUACCAGGACAACCUCCCGUCAACCUCUGUGAUCAUCUGCUUCCACAACGAGGCGUGGUCGGUGCUGCUGAGGACGGUCCACUCGGUGUUAGACCGGUCGCCCAACCACCUCAUCGAGGAGGUCAUCCUUGUGGACGACUACUCCGACAUGCCCCACACAAAGCAGCAGUUGGAGGACUACUGGUCCAACGAACCCAAAGUCAAGAUCAUCAGGGCCAACAGGAGGGAAGGGCUAAUCAGGGCGAGAUUAUUGGGUGCUACCGGCGCCAAGGGACAGGUCCUCACCUACCUGGAUUCCCACUGCGAAUGCACCACGGGCUGGUUGGAACCUCUCCUCGAUCGGAUCGCCCGAGACCCCACCACCGUGGUGUGCCCGGUGAUAGACGUCAUCGACGACACCACCCUGGAGUACCACUACCACGAUAGCGGCGGCGUCAACGUCGGCGGUUUCGACUGGAACCUGCAGUUCAACUGGCACGCGGUGCCCGAACACGAGAAGAAGAGGCAUAAGAACCCGGCUGAGCCCGUGUGGAGUCCUACCAUGGCGGGAGGGCUCUUCAGUAUUGAUAGGGAAUUUUUCGAAAAACUCGGAACUUACGACAACGGUUUCGAUAUAUGGGGUGGUGAAAAUUUGGAACUUUCCUUCAAGACCUGGAUGUGCGGUGGUACAUUGGAAAUUGUUCCUUGUUCACAUGUGGGUCACAUAUUCAGGAAACGUUCGCCCUACAAAUGGCGCUCCGGGGUCAACGUCCUUCGCAGGAAUUCUGUCCGUCUGGCCGAGGUGUGGUUGGAUGAGUACGCCAAGUACUACUACCAGAGGAUUGGCAACGAGAAGGGCGACUUUGGCGACGUAAACAACAGGAAGGAGCUGAGGAAGAAGCUCGGGUGCAAGAGCUUCAAGUGGUACCUGGAUAACAUCUACCCGGAGCUGUUCAUUCCCGGAGAGGCAGUUGCCAGUGGAGAGAUCCGGAACCUCGGCUACGGCGGCAAGACGUGCCUGGACUCGCCUGCGAGGAGGAGCGACAUGCACAAGCCUGUCGGCCUGUACCCAUGCCACCGACAAGGAGGCAACCAGGUAAAUACCACUUACCCGCUCUUAUGUUUGUCUCUCUCUCAGAUCGCCUCGUUCGGUAGAGAGCUGUGCGUCGACAGCGCCUGUAAACCGGAAGAUAUUCACAAACCGGUGGGCGUUUGGCCCUGUCACGGACAGGGGGGUAAUCAGUUCUGGAUGUACAGCAAGGCUGGCGAGAUCCGCAGGGACGAGGCUUGCCUGGAUUACAGCGGCCAAGAGGUGAUCCUCUACCCCUGCCACGGCAGCAAGGGCAACCAAUAUUGGGACUACGACUCGGAGCUGAAGCUCCUGCGGCACGGCAGCAGUGACAAGUGCUUAGCGAUAAACGAAUCGAAAAAUAAAGUGUUGAUGGAACAGUGCGACAGUGACUCACAGAGACAGAAGUGGUCGUUGGAAAAUUACGAUUCCAGCAAACUGUGAUUUUUUUAAUAACGACGUAUUCCUGUUUUAGUUAAGUGGACUCGACGAACUUUGUUCUAAUUGUUUUUUUUUAACAGUGUACAAAAUUUUGUAAGAAAGUUUGUGUAAAAUUGCAAUUAAAUGUGAAAUUUUCAUAAAAUCGGGUGGCCCGUCGCUUGACUUAGGGAAUAUUAGGGAAUUGGCAAACCACAUUAAGAUAAAUUUUAUGUGUUUCAUAGGGUGUUUAUGGAAUAUCUUCAAGAGAAUAAUUUUUUUUUACUGAUGAAAAUCAUAUUAUCUAUCUACAGGGCGUUUCGAUUUAUGGGUGCAAAAAUCGUUAACACAGUAAGUAAAAAACAAAUAAAGUUCAAGUAUUGUUAGGACGCUCAAAUUUGAAACUGUAACUUUCUGGAAAUUGAAAAUGACUGAUUUUUUUGGGAACCAAAACUUCUGGAAUUUGCCUUUUUUCGAGUAUUAGAAAUUAAUUUUUCAAGAAAGAAUUAAAUAAAACAAAAAGUUAUUAAUUUCUU